CGCCCUCAGUGAGCUUUCACCAUUAUCAUUCGCUCCCUCACAUCAAGUCUUUACGUCGUCGUUGUCGUCCUCAAUACCUCCAUGGAGACGGUACUCAAAAACGAUUGUUCCCACUGCCAGGAAUCGGUGAUCUUGCGAGAGAACGGCAGUGCGGGGAGGAGUUCAAAUACCGGCAUUCAGCAUGAUAUAAUUUGCGUUGGGUUUGGCCCUGCAGCCCUCGCCAUAGCAAUUGCUAUGCGGGACCGCGGGAUUCAGCGUCGCGUUCGUUUCUUGGAGAGGCAGCCAGAAUUUGGCUGGCACACGGGCAUGCUGCUACCCGGGAGCAAAAUGCAAAUUUCUUUCAUCAAGGACCUGGCGACUAUACGCAACCCUCGUUCUCACUUCACCUUCCUCAACUACUUGCACCAGAAGGACCGUCUCGUUCAUUUCACCAACCUCUCCACCCAUUUACCUUUCCGUGAAGAAUUUAACGAUUACAUGAAAUGGUGCGCCUCGCAUUUCAACGAUUGGGUGCAGUAUAACCAGGAAGUACUCAGCGUUACUGCAGUGGAGUCUACCCCUGGACGGCCCGCUGAAUAUUUCAAACUGAUAUCCCGUGAUGUGCGUUCUGGCGAGCUCAGAGAAUUGUCUGCUAAUCACAUCAUCGUGGCUAGUGGAGGAGAACCAGCCAUUCCUCCAAUACUUUCUACGCAACACCUACCCAAGACUGUUAUCCAUUCCUCUACUUACCUCGGUUCUGUACAUCAUCUUCUCCAAGAAAGAAAUGGUUCCUACCGUUUUGCCGUUGUUGGUGGUGGCCAGAGUGCAGUGGAGAUUUCUGAAGAUAUACAAUCAAGAUACGCAAAUUCGAAAGUCACUCUUGUGACGAAAGCUUCGGCCUUGAAGCCCAGUGACGACAGCCCAUUUGUCAAUGAAAUUUUCGACCCAAGCAGUGUCGAUAAGUUUUAUUCUUUAGACCACUCAGCACGCCAACAGACACUUCUCGAGAACAAAGCAACCAACUAUGGUGUUGUUCGGCUACCACUUCUGGAAUCAGUAUAUGAGAAGUUAUAUCGUCAGAAGUUCCUGGAACCCAACCCUGCUAAGUGGCCAUUUCGCCUGGUUACUGGCCGUGAGGUAAUGGGCCUGAAAGAACUCCCAAACAACCAGAUAGAACUUCAGCUCAAGGACACCCUAUCUGGGCGUGUUGAAAGCUCAGCCGAGGUAUAUGACCUAGUGAUUCUUGCCACAGGAUAUACGCGUAACCCAAUAGCCACCAUGCUCAAACCCUUGGAGCAAAUUGUUGAGGCUCCAGCAGAUGGGAAGACGUAUUGCACAGAUCGGGACUAUCGAUUGCGCUUUCGCCAGGGGAAAGUCAAACGUGAUGCUGGCAUCUGGCUCCAGGGGUGUUGUGAAAGCAGCCAUGGUCUGAGUGAUAGUCUCCUGUCUAUCCUUGCGGUGCGUAGUAGCGAACUGCUUGAUUCCAUUCUUGCAAGCAGUAAGCGCGCUGAAGAUCAUGCACGACUCUAAAAGACUGGGAGUGCAUUGGCCCUUCUAAAAGAGGUCCGGCUAGCUAUGCUUUUGAAUAAAAAUUUCCAUUAAGGCAUUGAUAUGUUUUAUGUUUUUCUAUGUCAGAAGAGAGGGGCGGAGACCAAAAAUACCCUGCGAUCCUUCAAUUGCAAGCUCCAAACUAUAUUGUGCAUUAUUGAUAAUUUCAGCCGCUCGAACUUCGCCACUUUCUUCCUUUUUUUUGUGUUUGGAGGUGUUGAUUAUUAGCACCCUAAAAAGCGGUGGCUGGAUGAAUCUGAGCAAUUUUCGUUCUUAUGUGGAGUGUCUUGUGUUCUAUAUAGAUAUGUAUUCUCUUCGUCUGUUGAUCCCUGUUAUCCUGUUCUUCUCCUUGGUUAUUUAUACAUCUACAAUUUAGCCUUAACACCCUCAUCUUCACAUUUCAACAAAGCCUUUCCAUUUGACAAUAC